AUGAAUGGGCACAAUAAUAUUCAUAGUCAGUUAACAAAAUCUUUAGAAAGAAUUUUGGAAGAUGCUUACUUAAGUGGUGAAUUAAAACUGAGUGGACGUAAGUUAAGGGAGUUUCCUAAACCAGUGAAGUAUGACUUGAGCGAUACAGUUGUUGCUGAUUUAUCAAAAAAUCGGUUUGUCGAACUGCCUGAUGAACUGACGUCGUACAUUUAUUUAGAAAAGUUACUGCUAUCACAAAAUAUUAUAAGGGCUGUACCGAAUGCAGUCGGAGGUCUCACAUCUCUUACAUAUUUAGAUUUAAGGUAA